AUGGCCUCCGACCAAUCUUCUCUAUACGGAAAACGCCGUACAAAACCAACCAAAGGCCCAGACAUCUCCAACUCAUCCAACCUCGCCUUUACCUCGCAGCUCUCCUCCCUCAUAUCCCAAGACUCCAGCACAGGCCGCGGCCGAGCACGCCCAUCCAAGACCCCCAAAACCGACCUCUUCGCCAAAUCUAACAAAGGAGCCGAGAAGCGCGCAGCCUCCGACCUCAAAGAUGAAGGCCACACCCAAGUCCACAAAAGCAGCAAGGAUAUCGGCCACGUCGAUGACGCCACCCUCAGCCGAUCCAAGCGCAAAAUGGACGCAAAAGUACGCCUAUAUAACGACCUGAAGAAGGGAUCGCACCUAGCAGCCGACAGUAGUGAUGAGGAUGAAGAACCCAGCCACAAAAAAGCCCGAGGCGAAGAUUACUACUCGCGGCUACGGCGCAAAGAAAAAGAAGGACUGGUGGAUUUCGAUCGCAAGUGGGUGGACGAGGAACGCAAGCGCGAUGGAUCCCAGGAUACCAGUGACGAUGAUGAGGACGAUGACAAUGCGUCUCAGGUAUCAUACGAAGAUGAGUUCGGGCGUUCGCGCCGCGGUACGAGGAAAGAGGCUGCUAUUGCGGCGCGCGCGAAGGAGGAGGAUCAGGGUCGCGUGACACGGGAACGGUGGCAGCCUGCUAGACCAGAGAAUCUUAUUUACGGCGAGACGAUCCAGGCCGAAGCGUUCAACCCUGAGGAGAAUGUUGCGACGCAGAUGGCUAAGCUUGCUGCGCGACGGGAUCGGUCUGCUACGCCGCCGGAGGAGGUGCAUUACAAUGCUGAUGCGGAGGUUCGAAAUCGGGGUACUGGGUUUUAUUCAUUCUCGGGGAACCAGGAGGAGCGGAAGAGGCAGAUGGAGGAUUUGUUAAUGGCGCGACAAGAGACGGAGCAGCAGCGACAGGCUAGGAUCGAUAGGAGGACUGAGUGGGAAGAGAAGACUAAUCACCGGCGGAGGGAGCUUGCUGAGUUGCGAAGUAAGAGGAUGACAGAGAGGCUUUUGAAGGGUCUUUCUAACGAAGGGCUUUUGGUAAACCAGCCGAAGACUUGA